GGUAAUCCUAGGAUUCAUUUUAGCAUACAGAAACUGAUAAAGUAAAUACCAGGGUUGUUACUGCUUUAAUCCUAAAUUUUGCUUCCAGGGUUUUUCAGCCUAGAUCUUAUUAACUCCUGCACUUCAGUUCUCUCCAAUAAAAAAGCUCUCCAAAAUGCAGCAUUCUAUGGAUCAGAGCCAUUACAUAGGAAUUAAAAAGCACUCUAUACAGACAGUUUAAGAGCAAAUUUUAAAACCCACAGCCCACUACUAACUAAUCAGACAAAUGGAUUUAUACUCACUGGAAAUUUCUAGGUAAUCCUCAAAUGCUGAAUUCUCUUGCUGAGCAAAUCCCACAUCAGCAGCCUCCAGGAGAUUCUCCACGAACCAAAAUAAAAGCAGAAAUUCAGCAAACAGGCAGCUGGAGUAGGAAAACAUCUAGUUCAAGCAGGGUCUAAUCCUGCUGCAAUGCAACACCCAACUGCAAUAUGUACUUUGAAAAUAUUUAUUCAAGACAUGGCAUUAGUUAGGCUCCAUCAAGUUCCUGGUUGCUAGGCCACCCAUUGUAACGCUCAAGUUGGCUUUACUGGCAUAGAACUAUUUGCCACAUUGAUAUAAAACUGAGUAUUGUGGUUCAAAUGCUUAGUGAAACUUCCCAGUAAGGGAUCCAUCUUUUCAACUCAUCCCAAGAUAUAAUGAAGAAUCAUUCAGUAGAAAACUGAAUAAAUUGAUAAAUUAUCAUAUCAAUAUGAUAAUUGUUCAUAAAUACUGGGCAAUCAAUCUGCAUGGUUUUAUCAGGAAUUAAUAUCUCAUUAUAGAAAUCAAUAUUUUCAUGAGUAUAUUAUGUUCAUGCUGGCACCAAGCCUUAACCAACUCAACAGUUCUACUGUCCUAACUAAUUUUAGUCAGAACAACUCAAAUACAAACCACAAAACAAUAAACAGGAGAGAUGAAUACAACCCACUGCAAAAGCCUUUUUGUCACCCUGAUCUUUGGAACUUCUCUCUCAAUUGCCAUCACAAUACACCUUGCUAUGAUGAUCACAGACUGGCAGCAUGAGGUUGGCAUAACCAUAUAAGUUAAUAAUUUAUUUGCCAUCCACCUUAUCCAAAGAUCAAACUUCAAAGUUAGUAAGUUUGUCCAUUUUCAGGCUUCUGAAGCUGGCAUGUUGAAGAAAACCACAAAGCCAAGAACACACCCUUAGCUUUCAAAACUGUCAUGAAAACAGCAGUACCAGAAAACAAGAUUUCCAGGCACCGUUCUGAAAACCACACAAGGAAGAGGGAGACGGAAGAAGGAAAAAGGUUGUGGAAUAUUCCAACUAAGAAAAUCUAUAAAACCGAUUUUAACUGUGAUUUUAGAAGAAAAACCAGCUACUGUAAGAAGACAAAAGCGCUCCAAAUGAAGAACAGAUUGUAUGAUUCUAGUACAUAAGAAAAACCAAAGUCAUAUUUUGUCAUAUUGAGGAACUCACAUUAUUUUAGGCCUCAAUUUUCUACUAAAUACAGCAGAACCUGCUGUAAGAAAGAACCUUUCUGCCAAGACUGUAAAGGAAGUUAUCAGUUUUGUUAUGUAACAGCAGCUUGGAUGAACUAUAACUCGACACUGGGUAGUUUUGUCUAUGUGUAUACACUACAGAGAUCACUUAAGACUGACAGUGAUAACUACAAAGGUCAAGAUACACAGCAGUGCAAUAAAAACAGAUAAUCUGAUUCUUAGAAUGAAGCCUGCCCAUUUUCUGAGCUGGCUGAAGGGUAAGAUGGGAAUGCAUGAUUGGCACAGCACAGGGCAUGGGCUGAAAUAUUUUUUUUUAAUUAUUCAGGUGAUCAAAACCAGCAUGAAAUUGUGGGAAAAGAACGCUGCAUGUGAAAACUACACACCAAGACCUAACUGUUGCUGUGAAAUGCACAUUGUGAGGUGUUGGCAUGAUGAAAAGAAAGCUGGGAGCUCAUGAUAAUCUGAAGAUUACCAUCCAACAAAAUGGGGACAAAUUUAAUGUCAAAGAAGCCAGCAACUUCCGAAACAUAGAGAUUGAAUUUACUCUGGGAGUCAACUUUGAGUACAGCCUGGCUGAUGGGACUGAACUUUCUGGUACUUGGACCCUGGAAGGAAAUAAACUUGUGGGCACAUUUACCAGAAAAGACAAUGGAAAGGUACUUAAAGCAACCAGAGAAAUCGUGGGUGAUGAACUCGUUCAGACCUAUGUAUAUGAAGGAGUUGAGUCCAAGAGGUUCUUCAAGAGGGGCUAAGCACUUCACACAGAACUGCACCAGAAUGAAGGAACAAUAAAAGACCAUUUUCUACACUUCCUCUGUGUUGGUUUUUUUUUUUUUUCCAUCCCCUCACAAAACCUCCCUAGCUGCAGUUACCUAGCCCUGCUGAAAACAUGGGCUAGUUCUUUAUGCUACUGUUUUGCCUUGAAGAAACAAACCCCCAUUACCAAAUGCUAAAAUGUCUUUUGUUCUAAGUCCUACCAAAGUGUCACAAUACAAAAAGCUGCAGAAACUGUAUUGCAUGAACAGAACUUCAAUAUUUUUUGCACAAGCUCUCAAAUGAAGACUUAAGUUUCCUUACAAAGGUAUUUAUAUGUUUCUCUGUGUAUGUAAUAUUGAGCAAAAUCAUGGGAAAACCAAAAAUAAAGAUCAUACAGAUGGGGACAACGCUUAAAAGGGAAGUACUGUCAUUGUCCCACCUCAAAUUUGGAACAUACUUCAUCUACUACACAUAUGUAACCAAUACUUGCUGUAUAACAACAAAUCCAUCCUUAUUUUUAUUGACAGAACUUAUAAAGGAAAACUGCUACACUUAAGUGUUUAAGAAAAGUAAGCUCUGUUCAGAAGCAGCUGUCUGCAAUCUGCCUUAUAUCUUAUUAAAAUCUCUUAAUAUCUCCUAAUAUUGAGGCUAAAAAGGGGUAAUGGCUACCAAGAGAAAGGUUUUGUUUCACACACUCCUGGGUUUCUGGUCAUUUUUCUGGAUACGAAAAUAAUAGCC